AUGUCUACUUCAACAACUAUGACCCAAACGGUGGACCAGGUUACCAACCUGCAUGGCUUUGGUAGAAUGCGUGUUGAUGGUACCGACAGGCAGUUUGGUGAUUUUCGCGAUGCCCUGACUCGAGAUGGGUUUGCCAUCGUUAAAGGCGCUAUCCCCAAGGAAAGAGCACUGAAAUACGCCGAUGAGAUGUACUCUUGGUUGGAGGGAUUCGAGUUAGGAUUUGAUCGAAACGAUCCAUCCACUGUACAGAAAGAUAAGCUGCCCAUUCUUAACGAGAAGGGAAUGUGUCUUCAUUAUGCUCUUCCCCAUGAGAACUUCGUUUGGUCUGUGCGAAGUGAGCCUGGCGUGAUUGGGGCCUUUGAGAAGGUAUACGAUGACGAGGAUUUGAUUGUCUCUUUUGACGCGAUCAACAUCCAAUUUCCGAACCGUACUGACGUUCCUCCAAACACGCCCUGGCCUCACCAGGACCAGGAUCCCAAGAAGCACGGCUUCCGCUGCAUGCAAGGACUAGUCAAUCUGCUCCCCAACGGACCCGAGGACGGUGGUCUCAUCGUUUGCCGCGGCGGCCAUUUAUUGUCUGAGCAAUUUCACAAAGAAAUGGCCGACGAGGAGCUCAUUCCAGCCUGGACGCCGGAGUGGUACGGAUUUACAGACCGGGGAAUGAAAUGGCUCGAGGAUCAUGGCUGCAAGUGGGAAAAGGUCAGCGCUGAACCAGGAGACCUCCUCCUGUGGGACUCGCGUACGCCACACUACAACCUCAGUCCAAAGAAAAAGCAGCCCCGGCUCGCUAUAUACACCUGUUACAUGCCCGUCGCGGACGCAACACAGGAGGAUCUGCUUCGUAAGAAAGAUGCAUUUGACCGACGUGUCGGCACUACCCACUGGCCUAAUGCGAAGCAUACGGGAUCGAAUGUUGCACAACGAGAUGGCGAAGAAGAUCCUCACAACCGCCUCCGGCCAUUAGUUGAGCCUGUGCUUGGAGAGAGGGCUUACAAGCUGACUGGCAUCCCCUACAUCAAUGAGUGA